CACUGCCUUCACGUUUUUAGUUACCUCAUCUCUCUACCUAUUGUGUUUCUUUAAAAGUGUGUGCAAGUGCGCGUAAAAGUUUGCAAGUGUGAUAUUUGUGGACUGUUCGCUUGUCGUAUGUUGUUUUCGCCUUAUGGGAAACACAUGGAAAUCCGGUUCUGCUCUGAGUGCGACCAUUCAAGUGGUGUCGGUGCCAAAUUUGAGCUGUUGGAGUCAGCGUUGAAUGAGUGGGCACAUCGACCGGACCUCGCACAUCGGACACGCAGUUUCAUUUAACGAAUGCGUGGGGUGAAAACAAAGAACAAGCAUUUAUUUCUGCCUAUCGUGCAGUGGCCACCGAUUCGUAAUGUCGGGUGGUCAGUCCAAAAUCACGAACUUCUUUAUUUCCUCAAGCCCAGUCAAAACAUCUGCAGUAAGACCCGUGAAGUCUUCACCUAAAUCGACUACAAGAAGGGGUGGAAAACUAUCACUUAAAAAUAAAUCCACGCGAUUAUUCGCAGGUAACCAGAGUAAAAAGGUUAAACUGGACAGUUGCCGCGUGGCAUUGCCUGCCGACAAAGAUGACAGCGACGUGGAAAUCGUUGAAGUUGUACCUCCGCGAAAUAGCGCCAGUAACUUGGCCCUGGGGGAAAUGCUGAAAAUAAAAAACUAAAGGAGUGUCUGUGCGAAAAUGUCCAGAAGGACAGCGUAGGAAGUCCUGUGUGUCACAGUAGCGAACAUUUUGUUCCGGCAGAACACGAAAAAUGCCGUGACACAGAAUGCGGAACAGUAAAGCUGCCUGUACAGACUCUUUUAAGCCCUGUGAAAGAAUCAUCGAUUGUUAAUACUACGCGUAAUAAGAUACGCGGCCAUAAACUAGGUCUUAAAAAAGAAAGUGGUGUGAUAGAACUCAAGAAGUGCUGUGAUGAAGGACGCAGUGAACUAAAGCCAACUGUGCAAACUGUUUUAAGCUCGGUGAAGAAGUUGUCCAAUGUUGGUGGCGUGUCUGAGAAGCCAAGUGGCUUCAAACUAACUGUGCAGACAGAAAUUGUGGAAGGACAGAACAUGCAGUGCAAGCCAUUGGACUCAGCCAUGCGGCCUCCUUCAGAUCCACCUGAUGAAUCCACUGAUGGUAGUACAACAAAAAGUCCUUACUAUCUAGAGAACCUCGUAUUGAUAGUUAAUUCGAUUAAAGACACUGAUGACUGGGAUCUCUUCAACCAGCACGAACAGGAAAUGUUUUGCGAGUUUCUAGGAGCUGAUGAUAAGUGCCAGAAGCUGCUUGCCCGGCUUCUUCAGCGAAAGCACAUGUGGCGAAGAACGUAUAAAAUUGGUUACCCAGACAUAGCUAAUGAUGUUUCCCCAAUCCUGCUAACGCUAAGAGACAAAGGCUAUGUAGAAGAUGUGACAAGCUUGAAAGACCUGGAUGUGGCCUUGCGCCUGCUCUCACCAUUCGAGUUGAAGACCUUGGCUCAAGUGUUUAAGUUGAGGACGACUGGCCAGGGCAAAGGAAGUCUUGCAGACGCACUGAUGGAUCAUUGCAGCAAGCAGCAGACUGUGCUGUUUAGUUCCAAACAGGCAUCUCUUCAGGAGCUUGUACUAAAACGAGCACUGGCUUUGCUUGGUUCUGCGUGGAAGCUCUGUGAUGAGCCACGAGAUGCAUGGAGACGUCUGCUGAGGCUCUUCUCUCUGGGCACUCCGUGGGACAUGGAAGAAGCGGGAGAAACCCCGCAAGUGUAUGGUUUGCAGCUUGUAGCAGCUGGAAAGAUGGUCUUCCCUGAGUAUGAAGUUUCACGGCAACACAAGCUCUUCUCCACCCGACUUGACCUAGUUAGGUAUGAAGCGUCAAAAAUUCUGGAGGCGGAGCUCAUCCAAGCCACUGCGGACAGAAAAUGGGAUAAGGCUAGGCAGCUUUUUGAUGAUGUGGAAAAGCUUGCUAGAAGCGCUGAAGCGUUGGAAUACCAGGACAGAGACCAGUCACUGACACCAUUCCUGAGACAUUACAGCAUGUGUGGAGUCUACACUCGGUGCCGUUGCUUAGGUGUGGAUGUGCUGCAGCGCCUCAAAGAACAUCGACGUGCUGUCAAGGUUCUCAGAGACCUUUUAAGCCAAAAACUCUACUGUCAGAGCCGCAGAGGCCACUGGUGGGAUCGACUGGCUCUCAACUUGGAAGUUCAUUUGGGCAAGCCAGCGGAGGCAUUAAAAGUUGUGCAUGAAGGCUUGGAUGACCCCAGCAUUAGCCCUGCUGCCCGUCAUGCUUUGGUCACAAGGGCGAAUCGUUGGCAGCAAGGAUGCCCAAGGACGUGUUGCCAUCACUGAAAUUUCCUGGAACAGGAGAAAUGGGAUGCACUACCUCAGGUAGAAAUCGAAGGCCAGCUAGCAGAUCGUAUGCUGCCUGGACGAACUAAUAUGUUUGCGGCACGAGAUGGAACAACCAUGGAAGUCAUCUCCGUUGAAGAAGUGGCCUUGCGACAUUACAACCUGCACGGGUACCCUAAAGGAGUCCAUGGUGAAGGCUCCACAUUUCAUGCACUCUUCGGCCUGCUCUGCUGGGAUGUAAUAUACAUGAGUGGGGUGCCAGAUGCAUUUCGGUCUGCAUACCAGGCUCUGCCCAUGGAUCUUCAUUCAAAUUGCUUCUUCACAAGCCGGGAGCAAAGUUUCCUCGAAGCAUUCAAGGUCAUCUCCGAAAGCACGACACAGGAACUGGAAGAGAAAGUGGCAGUUGCCUACACCGCCCACUUGGGAAAGGCUGGCUUAGUGCAGUGGGACCGAUUCACAUGCACAGACGUUCAGGAAAUCGUGCGUUGCAUGGGCUCACAUGUGCUUUCAAGAAUCUGUGAGCUCUUGGCUCGUCAGUUUCGACAUCGCCGAAGUGGCUUGCCCGACUUACUUGUUUGGAACCCAGAAACGGGAAAAAGCCAAGCAGAAGUGAAAGGACCUGGCGACACGCUCUCACCAAAGCAAGUUGUCUGGUUGCGUGAGCUCUUAGCAAUGGGUGUGGAUUGUGAAGUCUGCCGUGUCACAGCGACAAGUUCGAAAAGGUUGCAGAGGAAGAAGGCUGGAGCUGACGAUGCAAGAGGAUGUUCAGAGCAGACGGAGUGAAGAGGUUCGCUUUAGUGGCAGUUGUGUGGACCCCUUGUUAUAUUCCUGGAAUUGGUAGUUUAAACUAGGAUCUCCAUAUUUUUCUAUUAUAUAAUAAAAUGACAGGGCUCUGUGUCUUGGAAAAAAAUUUGGGCUUUUAUAUCUCAAUUAAGUUUUACUAACCAUCUUUUUCACUUAUAUUGCUACCUUGAAAAAGUUGUGCAGUUUUAAUGGAUAGCAGUUACGAUAAAGUCAUUUCAACAA